GAAUUUACACUAUAAUUCUUGGACUCAUACACUGUAAUUCUUGGUAAUCGGCAGUGCAAGUUCACCAGUUUUUGCAAUCACUGGUACUUGCAGUGUCAUUUCCUUUGUCUACACAGUGUGAAGGCUCUGAUUAUUUUCUGUCUUCUAUUUGCAGCCUUGUUUUCGUAUGAUACUUCAGCACUGAAUUUCUGUCAAUUUCUGAAUGUUUCAAGAUUAGAGUGUAAUUUCCAUGCUUUUGUUGCCACUGUAAUUCUUGAUUCUAGACUUCAAAGUUUCACAACUGCUAGCGAUAACAUAUUCCAUAGUUUCUUGUUGUUUCUAAUUUUUGUGUCUAGUUUCUCUGAUUAGUUUCUUUUACAUAUUUUCCAUGAAAGAGGUGAAGCGGGUGAAGGGGUUGAAGAAUUGGUGUUGAAAUAGAAGUGUUCCUGACCUGGGGAUCAUUUGUUGAUUGAUUUUCCUGGGAUCUCCCUCAAUGUUUGGCUGCUGUUCUUCAUUCUUGCUGUGGUCCAGGGGGUCGCAAGCUGAUGGGCAGUUCGCUGUGGUCCAGGGGGUUUGUGGCCCAGGUUUAGUUGAAACUGGGUUAGAGCUUAAGCUGACCCGUGUUUUUUAAGAAAAACAGAUCAUACAGUAGAUGGGUUGGGUGCUUUUGGACAUAUAGGUGGAUCUGUUUAUACAUCAGGAAAUUUGAAUGUUGCCGAAUUCAAAAACAGUCAAACGCUAAAUAGACAGUCCCUUAAUUUAAUCGAGAAAUUGCCUAUUUACUCAACACUUCUUUCUAUCUGAUCCAGGAGUGACAUGCACACAGGCUUACCGGCGAGUCGGGUGCGCGCAUCGACCUGUACCAUCUGACCGACCUUGUCAAGGCGGGCCGGUGGGACGAGGCCAUCGACCAUCUCUCCUGCUUCCUGCCGUGCGACCUUGCUCUGGGCGCCCACGGCCGCGUCCUCCUCCACUUCCUCCGCGUGCACAAGGCCGUCCACGACAUCGUCUCCGGGGCGCCCGAGAGCCGUGCCGUCUCUGCAGCUCUCAGGAUAUGCUUCACCAAGAAUUUUACCAUCAACCACGCCAUCACCAAGCUCCGCACCAUCCUCUGGUCCCUCCACUCCUCCAGCGGAUUCAGGGACUCCCUGGACUUUGGGCGCGUGAGAGACAAAGCGGCGUCCACUGUCGUUUACUUGGCUUAUCAAACUCCAGAGUUGAGAGAACAUAUGAAAGAGGCGCGUGGCCCAGCGGAACCCCACAAUGUACUCCCCAUUGGCUUCGGCUUCCGUCCAAGGCGCCAUGUGAAGCGAGGCCCCAUCCCGGGCUCUGUUCUUGUCAAGCACUAUCUUCAUAAGAGGAGGAUGCUUGCUUCUUCGAUAUCAAGUCACUGUGAAGGGUCAAGUUCUGAAUCGUUAAUUAAGGCAAAAGAAUGGAUGGUGGAUCUUGUUGAUUCAUAUUUGGAAGCUGGUAAGCGGCAUCAAGGGUAUCCACUUCAAUAUGUUUGUACUCCAAUGGUACACAAAGGUGCUCCUGUUGAUCCAUUCUCGCGGAGUAAUCUUGGUACAUUCAGAAGUCCGGCUAGAAAUCCUGGCAUGUCAUCAGACACCGAUUUCGACUUGUUAGUCCUCAAGACAAAGGAAUGGGCGAUUUACCUUAUAGACUUGUUAGUCCUCAAGACAAAGGAAUGGGCGAUUUACCUUAUAGAUCAACGGCUGGAAGCUUGGCCGGACCUUAGUCAAGGGCAUGAGUAUCCAUUUCGAUGUGUCAAUAAGGAUGGUUUUCCAGUUGCCCGAAUUUCGCAGACUAUCCCUGUUACCUUGGUGGGGCAUGCUAAAAGUUUUGCACUUUCAUCACUAACAAAAGCAGAAGUUCCAUCCUUCAUUCAGGUGCUCCAUCCUUUGGAAGGUCCUGCUAGAAACUAUGGGAUCCCACCAGUGACAAAUGCAGGUGGUCUACCUUCACAGGCCAUGUCUGCUAUCUUGGCACCUCCUUAUGACCAGUUCUUGAUUACAACAGAGAAAGAUGCAGGUGCUCUGUCCUCAAAGGCCAUGUCUGCUAUCUUGGCAUCUCCUUCUAAAUAUAUCAAGGCAAAUGCAGAUGCUCUACCCUCAGAGACUAUGUCUCCUAUCUGGGCAUCUCCUUAUGAAAACUCUCUGGUCUCGACAAUGACAAAUGCAGGUACACAUAAGCAUUUGAGUCAAGAACAUUGCUAUACUGAGAAUGUUUGCCAGGAUUUCAGCCCAAGGAAGAAUCCAAGGAUGGAACUGACAACUGUUGGGCAAGGCUUUAAUCCGAAAAGGCAACGGACAACUCCAGUAUAAUACUGUUCGAGUGCAGGCUUCGCUGAUUGAAGGUAAAGCUGAAGGUCACCUCACACCAUGUUCUUGAGUGGUGGGAUCGACUUCACUCAUGGGGCUUCUAUCUUUGUGAAAAGACGCCCUGAUACUGUUAGUGGGCUUGUGGUGCUGCUGCCCCCAGCGUGAACUUUGUUGUUUUUAUUUUUUGUGAACCUAUGUUGUGCGUUCCGAUCGUACUUUGAACUAUGUAUUGUCGCUACUUGAGCCAAGUUAUGUCUUUUCUUUUUGUGAAA